AUGAAUCCAGUCGGAGGUGGAAUGCCACCGUUUGACCCGGACGAUACGACGAAUGUCAGUUCAAGGUGGAAGAAGUGGAAGCGCUCAUUUGAGAUAUUUUUGGAUGUCAAUAAUGUGGCCCUCCCGUCGAGGAAGAAGUCCUACUUGCUACACUUCGCUGGGGAAGUAGUGCAGGACGUAUACGACAGUCUAGUGGGUGCCGUCGAGCCGCCAGUGCCAGCAGGAUCAGAUGCCUAUCAGGAAGCAAUGAGAGUGUUGGACGGCCACUUUCUUCCCAUGAAGUGUUUGCCACAGGAGCGCCACAUCUUCAGAAACUUGCAGCAAGAGCCCGACGAAAAGAUCUCAAAAUUUGUUCUUCGUUUACGGGAGCAAGGGAAUCUAUGUGAGUAUCAGGAUUGGCUGGACGAGAACAUUAAAGAGCAGAUCUUCGAGAAAGGCUCAUCCGACGAACUUCGUGCCAAAAUACUGACGAAACCGUCGAUGACUUUGGCGGAGAUAAUUAACGAAGGUCGAUCGCUUGAAACAAUUGAGAAGGUCCGUCAGCAGUUGAAGCAUUCCGGAGAUAUCAACAAGAUUUCAACUUCCAAGAACGAAUGUUUCCGUUGUGGUCGAGUUGGCCACUAUGCUAGCGACGAUUGCUGCCCGGCGAAGAACAAGAAAUGCGAAAAGUGUGGACUCAUCGGACACUUCCGGCGGUGCUGUAAGACGAAGGAGCGGGAAAGCGAAAACCAGUUUUCGAGGCAAAGGAACAGGCGCGUGCGGCAGGUUGGCGAGGAAGCAUCGGGUGGAAACGAAAGUGUUUAUGACUCGGACGACAGCAGCAGCGAUGCAACUGAGACUCGACACGACGUAAAGUACGUUUUCGCAGCGGAUACGGAUGAUACCCAGGCAGAAAAGGUUAUUUGCAGCAUAGGCGGAGUGAAAAUUAAGUGGAUUGUGGACUCAGGGGCAGGCAUUAAUGUCAUUGAUGACGAUACAUGGCGCUACCUCAAGAAGCACAACGUCGACGUCCUUUCGCAGACCAAAGAGUCUAAGCGAACUCUGAAGGCAUAUGGCAACAAUGAUUUACAUGUGGUCGGAGAGUUCACGGCCAACAUUUCUACCAAGCAUUGCAGCAUAGUGGCAGAGGUCGUUGUUGUUAAAGACAGAGGAGCAAGUCUGCUCAGUCGGGAGACAGCCACCCGGCUUAAUAUCCUGAGCAUCAACACGAACGUCUGGAAGAUAAAUGCCGAUCCUAACAAAAUUGGUACCAUAAAAGGAUUCGAGGUGAGGCUGCAGAUCAACGAUUCAAUUAAACCAGUCCAGCACACAAAAUGCCAUGUUCCCAUUCCACUUCAAGAAAAGGUACAGCAGGAGAUUGACCAUUUGUUGGAGCAAGACAUUAUUGAAGCAGCGCCAAGAGAUUCACCGUGGAUAUCUCGUCUCGUCGUCAGCCCGAAAGCAGGUGAUCCAUCAAGUGUUCGACUCUGUGUCGAUAUGCGAGCCGCCAAUAAGGCAAUAGUGCCCCAACAUCAUCCUCUCCCAACCUUCGAAGACAUCGUACCUCAUCUGAACGAUUGCAGGUGGUUUUCAAAAAUCGACUUGGUUAAAGCGUUCCACCAGGUACCGUUAGCGGAGGAUUCCAGAUUCAUAACAACAUUCGCAACGCAUCAAGGAUACUAUCGGUACAAAAGGUUGACUUUCGGAAUGAACUGCGCAUCGGAAGUGUUCCAAAGCAUAAUUGAACGUAUUUUGAAAGGGAUCAAAUAUGUUCGGGUCUUCAUUGACGACAUUAUGGUAUUUGCGCCGACUAAACACCAACAUGACGCCACACUUCGAGAAGUGAUUCAGCGAUUGGAAGAAUAUGGAAUAACGAUCAAUCUGAAGAAAUGUGAGUUUGGAAAACCGGAAGUGACUUUCAUGGGACAUGUGCUGUCGGAGAAGGGCAUAAAACCAACUUUGGAUAAGGUGGAAGCAAUACGCCGUCUACGCGAACCCUGCACGGUGGAAGAGGUACGCAGCUUUUUGGGAACCAUCACUUACCUUGGUAGGUUCAUACCGGAUCUGUCGACACUGACAACCCCGCUUCGCCAGCUCUUGCGAAAGGAUUCCAAAUUUGUGUGGGGUUCACCUCAGAAGGAAGCGUUCCAGAAAAUAAAGGAUAUACUAGUGGAUCCGAAGUCACUAGGCUACUAUUCUCCGUGCGACAAGACGAUUCUGAUUGCAGACGCCAGUCCAACGGGACUUGGAGGAGUACUUCUACAGGAGAAAGAUGGAGUCAAAAGGGUUAUCUGCUACAUAAGCAAAGGUCUUUCGGAUGCUGAGAAGUCGUAUGCCCAGAACGAGAAGGAAGCCCUGGCGUUAGUGUGGGCUACCGAACGUCUUCAAAUCUACCUCAGAGGAAUGGAGUUUUUGCUAUUAACGGACCACGAGCCACUCAAAGUUAUCUUCGGCCCAGGACAUCCUUCUUGUCCGAGGAUCGAGAGGUGGGCUAUGAGGCUUCAGUCUUUUCGCUUUCAAAUUGUCCACAUUCCGGGGAAAGUGAAUAUUGCAGAUUCCCUGUCAAGAUUACCAAAGUUCAAGCACUGCACUACAUACGACCGCAUCGGAGAAGAAGCAGUAUUGGCCAUCAUGGAACAUGCGAAACCCGUGGCGUUAUCUAUGGAGGAACUAUCAACACAAUCGGAAAGGGAUGCAAUCUUGUCGGAUGUGAAAGAAGCGAUUCGAACGGGCCGUUGGAGUGAUGCUGUCAAGAAAUAUGCACCGUUUAAGGAGGAGCUCUAUUGCUAUGAUCAAGUACUUCUCAGGGGUGACCGUUUGGUAGUGCCAUCAAACCUACAGAAGCGAGUGUUGCGUCUUGCUCAUAUCGGACAUCCCGGUAUCGAGCGAACCAAACAGCGUUUGAGAUCGAAAGUGUGGUGGCCGUCCAUGGAUAGGGAUGUGGAGAGAGCCGUUAAAAGUUGCUUGGAUUGUCAGGUAGUUGGGAAGCUAGUGCCAGCAGAACCAAUGGAAGUACGAAGAAUGCCAGAAAAUCCUUGGGAAGUGUUGCAUCUCGAUAUCCUGGGUCCACUGCCAUCAGGGGACUCAUUGCUGGUGAUCAUUGAUCCGUACAGUAGGUAUAGGGUUAUUGAGGUCUUGAGGCAAACCACAUCUACUGACAUCGUUGAUAGAUUGCGACCUCUUUUCAUGAGGCUCGGCAUUCCCAAUGUGAUAAUCACGGACAACGCGCGAAACUUCUCAAGCAAGGUGAUGGAGGAUUUCUGCGGAGAACUUGGAGUGAAACUUCGCCAUACUACACCAUACUGGCCCCAGGCCAACGGCGAAGUUGAACGCCAGAAUCGAAGCAUCCUGAAGGUUCUGAGAAUCUCCGAACUCAACAAAUCGAACUGGAAGCAGGACCUGGAAGAAUACAACUAUGUGUACGCGCUUACUCCUCAUCCGGCAACUGGAUACUCACCAGCGGAACUAGCUUUCGGCAGAAAAUUCCGUGAUUGGAUUCCGCAUCCGUUUCAACUAACUGGUGUUUUGGACGCAGAAGUACAAGACAAUGACAAGGCUUAUAAACACAACUCCAAGACAUACUACGAUGACACCAAGGGAGCGAGAGAGUCAAAUCUUUGUGUAGGAGACGAAGUCCUCAUGAGGAAUAUGAACCCAGCCAACAAACUCGCUGCGAAUUUUCAUUCUCAGCCAGCGAGAGUUUUCCAAAAACAAGGGAACUCUGUUGUAAUUGAAACUCCAACCGGUGAGAGAUAUCGAAGAAAUUCGUCUCAUCUAAAGAAGGUUUACAAUGAAAGCCAGGGUGAAACUGCUGACCAAGAUACGGAGAAGGAAAGUGACGACCUGCUUGAGUGGACAACGCCACCAGAGCAACAGCGGAAUACACCAGGACCAAGUGAGCAGCGCGAAGGGUCUACGGUGGAAACGAAUGGAUCUGUCAAUGGCCCCGCAUCCAUAAAGCUGAAGAGAAAGGUACGCCAGCCUCUAAGAUUCGACGACUACAUACUCGACUUGAACCAAGUUGCAGAGCAAGGAGUUUAA